UAUUUUCCUGUUAAGGUAGAUCCGACUGCUUCGGAGACAUUCUUCGGUAUUAUCACUGCCGUCUUCUCUAUCGGUCAAGCACUCGCAUCACCGGCAUUCGGAUUUUGGAUGAAUCGCUCAAAAUCAGUGCGCCAACCGCUUAUCUGUGGCAUCAUAAUAAUGAUCUUCUCUAACAUCGUUUUCUGCUUUGUGGAGGCGUUCAGGGAGAAGGAACGACGAUGGGUGAUGAUGGUUGCAAGGUUCUUCAUUGGUCUCGGAGCCGGUACAGUGGGCGUGAUGCGUGCUUACGCUUCCACGGCCAGCAGUCUGAAAGAUCGCACUCGUGCUAUAACAUUUAUACAGGCUAGCUACGUUAUAGGAAUGACGAUUGGACCUGCAAUUCCGGUUGUUUUCGCUCCGAUCAAAUUUCCUGGCGUUCAGCUCGGUCCUCUUCAUUUGAACAUGUACACUGCACCUGCUUGGUUCGCUACGCUUAUCUGCAUUCUGUCAGUGGUUUCGCUUGUCAUUUUUCUUGAAGAACGCUAUGCUGGUAUACUAGAAACUGAUGAUGCUGAC